GUCCGCUGCUGCCUCACAGAUGAAGCUUGGCUGCACGAAGCCUCUGAUGACCUGAUUUUGGCAAUACUUCUCUGAUGCAUUCAAACGUGGCGAAGGAAUCCCGUCCAUCUUCCCCUCGAUAGUCGCGACAAGAGGAUCCGCAGCAGACGAUCAGGGAUUCGCAUUGGUUCACUCGGUGGUGGACAUUCCAGGAAGGGUUGAUGAGCCGUCGCCGGCUCGUGUUUACCGAGCACCAGGUCUAUUUCGAGUGUAACACUAUGAAUUGCUGGGAGUGCCUACCGAGCAACCUGGAUCGUGUUCACGUAAAAGGCCGGGACGCCAUACACGACUACCUGCGACAGGGCAUGUUUGGAAGAAAUGAAGAAACAGCUUUUGCAAGAAGCGACCCGACCACCAUGACAGUUGCCGAGGAGUUCCUCAAAUAUCUCGUCAAUAUUCAGGAGUUUACCGCACGCAAGAUCCGAAUGGAUUCUGAUUCCUUGGAUGCCUUUCGAGGGGUGAUGAGGAGCUUCCAUGCCAAGCCUUCACCAAUCUACAGUCUUUGGGGAAUCCCGUGGUCUCUGCACUUGGGCAACAAGGAAAAUAUGCGCCAUGACAAAUAUCUCAUAGAUGGUCUUGCUUGGUACCAUAUGAAGGAGGACUCGAAGAGCUCUCUUUUCCCCAAAAGAAGAUCUGAAUUCCCGUCUUGGUCAUGGGCUGGAUGGGAAGGGCAAGUAACCUACCCAGAAAGGAUUACUAGGUCAGCCGAUCGACCUGGCGGCUGGGAUCUCAAGACGCGCACACCCAUCACGGGCAUGUGGUGUCAUCUUUCGGAGGACAUGAGUGAGGCAGACCUUCUUCGUCUGCUCUGCGAAAGAAAGGCAGUGUGCAUUAAUCUAGUAGGAUUGCCUUACAGGCAGUUCUUCAUGAUUUUUAAAUGUCCAGGCCAAGAUGGUAAAGCGGGCUGUUCCAGAAUUGGGUUAUUCGAUGUCAAUGUGGUAUCGCCGCAGAAUGACGAGGUUUGCAACUACAAUAAUGGGGAUCGGAGGGACUGGGUGAUUUACUGAAUUGUUGCCGAAUAGAUUAGGUACCUUGUCUAAAAGACUACCAAAACUGGAUCAACGUGAGACACUCUAACACUCGACUACUAAAGCCUGACGCUUCUGCAGCCUGGCGGAGGACAUUAAAUCGGUUCAACGCCUGUGCCCGAACAGCAGCGAAUACUGUAAAGGCGUUGGAUGAAUUGAUACGCUCGAUGAGAUCCCACCUGCCUUUCAUUAGGCGCGACCAGACUUUGUAGGACCAUCGAGAGCUACUCUGCACCCAUGCCUCACAACUCGACCAUGAAAGUAGGCAAGAAAAGUCCCGAACAACAACCACCAAAAGGUCGUGAAGAGGGUGCAUAGCUUCAAAGGCUUGCUGGGAUAGACAGCCAAGACGACACCAAGACGUGACCGGGGCGAGGAUCCAAAGGGUAUGCACGCUGGCUCGGGGUGGACAUAAUCAUUUCAAAGCCUUCAGUCCAAAUAACGUCUUGCUUUGAAGUGCUCAGCAGCGCACCGAGUCCGACGGCCCGCAACCGAGCAUUGAUCCCUAAAAAAUCAGAAAUGGCGACAACCUUUUUUUUUCACUUCAUCCCGCCCGCCAGCAUCUCCUCAACGGCGCCCGUCAACGCCUUUCCUUCGGCCACGAACCCCCACGUCCUCCGACAGUUGAACUCGACCAUCAACCUCGCAAAGUCGGGACUGCUAGUCCCGACGCAGUCCCUGAGCAGCACCGCGUCGAAGCCGGCGUUGCACGCGUCCUGGAGCGACCCCAGCACGCACUGGUCCGUGUUGACCCCGGCGAACAGCAGCGUCGCGAUC